AUGGCAGACGUCUUCAACGUGGCCAUCUUCUUCAUCAUCCUGCGCGAGACGCUCGAGGCAGGCAUGAUCAUCUCCGUGCUGCUUGCCUUUGUCAAGCGGCUGUUCGCCAACGACCCCGAGUCGCUUAAAAAGCUUCGAAAACAAAUCUGGAUCGGUGCUAUCAUUGGUUUCGCCAUCUGCCUCGUCAUCGGUGCCGAAAACUUGUGGGAAGGAAUCUUUUGUCUUAUCGCCGUCAUCAUGAUCACCGCCAUGGGCAUCGGCAUGCUGCGUUCGGGCCGCAUGCAGGAGAAGUGGCAGUCAAAGCUGGGCGCCGCGCUGCAGGAGGACUCGGACAACAAGGGCUGGAGGACGUACAUUUUCUUCCACCUGCCCUUCUUCACCGUGCUGCGUGAGGGCCUCGAGGCCAUUGUGUUCGUCGCCGGCAUCUCCAUCAGCACCACGGCCAAGUCCAUCCCUCUGGCAGUCGUUGUUGGCCUCAUCUGCGGCAUCAUCAUCGGCUACCUGAUCUACCGCAGCGGCAAUGCCAUGACCUUCCACUGGUUCUUCGUUGCCUCGACCGCGCUGCUCUAUCUGAUUGCUGCUGGUCUGAUGUCCCGCGGCGUCAACUUCUUCGAGAACUACACUUUUGCAAAGUACGCUGGUGCUGAUCCCGAUGCCGGCGAUGUCAUCAAUGUCAAGCAGAACAUCUGGUUCCUUGACUACGGAAACCCCGAGCUCACCACCAACAGCGGUGGCUGGAAGAUCUUCAACGCCAUCCUCGGCUGGAACAACGUUGCCAGCUACGGCACCAUCAUCUCGUACUGCCUCUACUGGGCCGCCCUGAUCGCCUACCUGCUGUACCUUGGCAUCACCGAGAAGAUGACCGACCGCACCAUGAGUCUGUCCGCCAACGAGAAGUCCUCCGGGGAGAUCUCGGAAGAUACCUCCGAUAAGCUCCAGCCUAACGUCGCUGUCCUCAGGGGUUAA